CGGAAGUAGUCCAACUUUUGAACCAUUAACAAGACAACGGUCACUCAAACACCCAUCAAUAUCAGGCAACCCCAGACUUGUCCCUUUUCAGACACGGAGGAAGGUAAGUCAACCGAAGGGCUUUAGAAUAUUCCAUACUCGUUCCACCAAGCGUACAUGGCCGGUCCAGCCACGCCGGCCAAGGCACCCAGUAAUCCAAGCUCCAACACGGUCCAGACCCAAAUGGUGCCUACACUCGGUGCGUCCUUCAUCACGGCGUAGUAGCCCUUGUCGUUGGUCAGGGCGACGAGGUAGCAACCCGCUACGUUGGCGACGAGGACGUAGAUGACCUGUCGUAACCUGAGUAUCCCUUGCUGCACGCUCGGCGGCGUGGCCUGUCCAAGUGACUUUGGAAAAAGCAGGCCGUGAAACAGUGCGAUGACAACGGUGAGUGUGGGGAACGCCGUGAAGAUCGUCCGUGCGAAAAUGGGCGGGAAUUCUAGUUCUUGGGCGUACUGGUGGACGGUCAGGACGUCGAGCGUGAAGUGGACGGCCGAGAGGGACAUGGCGAGGAGGAUCGUGUCGAGCCACGGAGUCUCUGAUCUUGCAUCUUCAUCAUCAUCAGACGUGGUGAGGAAUGUCGCCGACGGCGUGUUCGGGUCAGGUUGGAUCUGACCGUCUUGACCGAUCUUGACUUGGACAAUGUUCUUGGGAUCAAUGGGUCGGCCGCCCGAUCGACCAGUGAGUUUGGCUUGACGCUCAGCGGCGAUCUCGAAGAGUGUUUUGGUGUUUGCUCCCGCAUCUGGUGCAGUGCGGUCCGGUCGUGCGAGAGGGAUGUCAUCUGCUGAUGCUAUCGACGGGUGGCCAUCUGUCGAAGCUUUGUUUCGACGUUGUUUGCGGUUCAUGGUUCCUCGUUGCGUCGUUCAAACACAAUAUAGUCCAAGCAAUCAUCCAAGCUUCCUCGAGACGGUAAAGUUUCUCGACGUUGAUUGACCCUGACGUCGCCAGCGUGUCAAGGCAUACGAAACGGUGUGUUCGACCAUCAAACGAGAAAUGUCCACGUGUUUGUAGAUUUCUGGGGCUGACACAGGAUUUUUAAACGAUUUGAACCGGGCCUAUAUGGCAAGAUAUUGAUGCCGUCGCAGAAGCUGUAGACGUGCAAAUAUACCGGUCCAUCUAUACGGAAUAUCACAAAAACAACAGUUGUCGAAGAGCUUGUUCAGGAGUCUUACCCGCCAAGAAUAUGCACAGCCUUACGCAGCCUCAUUAAACCAGCCUUGCGCCGAAGAGUCCUGUUUACCUACCUAGAGCCUCGUCCCCGAGCCUUGGUUAGGCAUUUGUUUAGCCGAGGUCCGACAACUACAGUACUGUAGACACCUACCCCGGAUCGCCGACAACGUUCUGUAAUGUUGUAACAUUCAUCCUUCACAUCGACACCCUCGCUACUCACACAACAUUGAUAAAAACGAAACAAAAGAAUCCAAACCUUUGGGCAGUUCAUUGCUAGUCGAAAGCCACAAGGUAGCAGCGCCAGCAAAGUUUUGUCAAUAUCUCAAUCUCAUAUCGUCAACAAAGUCACCACAAUUCAGGACAUCACCAUCUGGCUCAUCGUCCAAGUCCAAUCUCUACGGACCUUCCAAGAUCACACAAUCAAGAAGAAAAGAAAAUAGGCGAUGCCACCACCGGAAGAAAAAAACCAACUCGGUCUGGACCUGGCGUCCAAACGACUCCGCCGUCGUCGCGACUACAACUACCACCUGGAUUUCCGACUCCGGUGGAACGACAACGACGUUUUUGGACACAUGAACAACCCUUACUACGGGGUUUUGAUAGACAGCAUCGUGAACCAGUACAUGAUCGAGGAGUGCGGGUACAAGGUGAACCGGGACGUGCAGGCCGGGAUCAUCGCCAACACCUACUGCGACUAUUUCGGGUCGGUGUCUUACCCCGACGUGGUCGAGUGUGGGUUACGCGUCGUCAAGUUGGGCAAGGCGAGCGUCAUGUACGAGGUCGGCAUCUUUCGAAAAGGUGACGACGACGUCAAAGCCGUCGGGGGUUCGACACACGUCUUUGUGAAUCAACACGACGGUCAACUGGGGAAACCCGACAAAAAAGGAAUGCCGAGUCACAUGAGAAGGGGCUAUGAGAGGUUACUACGGAACAACGACAAAAAGGGGGCCAAGUUAUGAAAGAACAGAAAGUUCGUGAGAUGGCGGAUCGAAUGAAACCACUCACACGGAUAUUGGGGCCGUCUCAUUUCAUCUCAAAAUCGUACGCGAUCCGUCGUCGUGGGGUUGAACAAUUCGAGACAUUGGGGGAUGACGCCGUGCAGGCAGACUAAAUAUGCAGACAAGCAAGCUCCCAAACCUUUGAUCGAUGCCUGAGACCGGUGCCAACUAGUAAGUGUUGGGCGAUACGGAAAGAAUAUUCGUUAGUGUCUGGUUUCAUCUUCCCACCUGGGCUUGACAACACAGAUAGUACCUUGGGCAUGUAACUUCACGGCCAUCAAUGGGAUGCUGAAAGAAAACUAGAAUUACACACUAGAUUUUGAGAUAGCUUUUCA